AUGCAUAACGAACCAUACCGCACCUCUCCCAAGCCCAAACCCAAACACCUCCCACCCUCGUGUAAUCCUUCCUCCCGAGCGUCAUCAAUCCCCCACACCCACACCCUCGGAACCAUCCCCCCAUCAGAUCUCAAACCCAAUCUCCAAACCAUCUCCCAACCUAAAAAUACACUCCUCUCCUCCCCGGUCCCGGUAUCUAAUUUCUCAAACCCCCCAUCUAUCUCUCACAUCUCGGCUCAACCUUCUCCUCCCCACCACUCCUCCAAGCUCACCCGUCCUCAAACCCAAACCGCCUCGCUUCAGCCCGCCGCCGCCGUGCCGCAGCAACCACAAUCAAGGCCAGGUCUCGGCACAUCCUUCCUUCCCAUCUCUAAAAGUUGA